UUAACAAAGCUCAAACAACAAUUUCAAGAACACUCCACUAAACAACAAAUAAACAAACACUAAUCAAUCAAUAUAAUCAUCCCAACUGUAAAGCAAAACUCAAACUUUCUUGGUUCUUGAAUCCCCCACCUCCCCACUUCUUGAUUACCUCCUUUCUUUCCUCUACUUCAUUCUUAACAAGAACCAAAAAAACCCAGAAACUUAAACCCACAAAACCACCAAAACACAAUGCCUUCAAGGCAGAACUUGCCACAAAACCAUCACCAAGAUGCUAAAUUAAGUGCCCUUUUUCUCACCAUUGUCAUUUUUGCUUCACUUGUUAUAUUUCUCUCAUUCAUUUACUUCAUAUACUACUUAUGGUACUCUUUAGUGCAUCAUUCAAAAACUAGCCCAUAUGACUCUCCAAACUUCCUCGUUAAACUUCAAAAAUUCACUUUUAAGGAGCUUAAAGAAGCUACAAAUGGUUUUAGCAGCUCAAAUUCUAUUGGAAGAGGAGGCUCUGGUGCUGUUUACAGAGGAAUUCUCAAAGAUGGUAAGACAGUUGCUAUCAAGUUUCUUGAUUCAGUGUCCUUUGAAGGUGACCCUGAGUUUCAAAAUGAGUUGCAGAUAUUAGGAGGGCUGAAAUCUCCUUUUAUUGUAUUGCUUUUAGGAUAUUGUGUUGAGAAAAAUAAGAGAUUAGUUGUUUAUGAGUACUUGCCUAAUAAAAGUUUGCAGGAAUCACUUUUUUCUGAGGCUGGUUUAUGUUUGAGUUGGGUGAGAAGAUAUAAUAUCAUACUUGAUAUUGCUAGAGCUCUUCAAUUCUUGCAUUUGGAAUGUGAUCCUCCUGUGAUUCAUGGGGAUGUUAAGCCAAGUAAUGUGUUGUUAGAUUCUGAGUUUAGAGCCAAGCUUUCGGAUUUUGGUUUGUCGAGAUUUAAGAUUGAGGAAGGUGAAUUUGGAGUUGACUUGUUUAGCCAAGAUUUUGGAAAGAGUCAAGAACUUUCAGGGAAUUUAGCUAUUGCAGGUGGAGAAACUCCGCCAACUGGGACACCGGAGGAGAGUGUUAAUGAGGUUGAUUUUUCUCUAGCUUUACAAGCUUCUUCCUCUAGGAAAAAUGGGAUACGGAGUACUAAUAAUGUGAGUGGUCUAAGAUCAAGCUCUUUUGAUUGUAAUGACAUUGGUUCUAAUUAUAAUGAUACUAAGAAUAAGAAUAUUAAGGGGAAGGAGGUUAUGAAUCUUGAUGAUGCUGGUAAGGAUUCAAAUAAAUUUGCAGAUUAUGAUUGUGAGGCUUGUAGUGUUGAUCUUAGUAAAGAAUUCAAUUCGAGUGAUGCUAUGAUUGUUGAAGACAAUGUUGUUGGUAAGAAACAAUGGGGGAGGGAUUGGUGGUGGAGACAGGAGGGGACUGGUGAGUUGUGUAGUAAAGAUUAUGUAACUGAGUGGAUAGGGAGUCAAAUCUGCCCAUCAUCAGAUCAGGACUGGGAAGAAGAGAAAAAGGGCUAUCAUGAUAAAACCAACUUAGAUUGUUCUAAACAGGCAGACAAGUAUGAACUCGAGGAGGUGAAGGAAUCCGAGCUUCAAGUACACAGGAUCGAAUGUCCUAAAAAGAAGGAUGAGAAGGAAAAAUCAAAGGACAAGAAAAUUACAAGUUCUAAUAAGCACAAGAAAAUGAAGGAAUGGUGGAAAGAAGAACACCUAGAUGAGCUCAAAAAAAAGAGUAAAAGGGCCAGCAAGCUCGAGACCAAGUCCAAGAAAAGGACUAAAAUGCCUCAUCUUGAUUUAAGUAAAUGCAUUCAUUUUUGCAAGAGAAGGAGAUUGAUGCAACAAGGCCAAACCGAGAGUGACCCCCAUACGGAGUUCAGUUUUAGGAAAGGUAUCAAGAAAAGUAAUGAUCAUUCUAUGGGAAGUGACAUGUGGAGUGGAGAAAUAUUUAGCAGGGAAUUAAGCAGCACGACGAGCAUGAGAGGUACAUUGUGUUAUGUUGCACCAGAAUAUGGGGGAGCCAACUACUUAAUGGAGAAGGGGGAUAUCUACAGCAUAGGAGUUCUAAUUCUUGUGAUUGUUUCUGGAAGAAGGCCAUUACACGUUCUUUCUUCGCCAAUGAAGCUAGAGAAGGCAAAUUUGCUCAGUUGGUGUCGACAUUUAGCCCAAGUAGGGAACAUCUUGGAGCUUGUUGACGAGAGAUUGAAUGAUGAGUACAACAAGGAUCAAGCAAGUCUAUGUAUAAACUUAGCUCUUGCUUGCUUGCAGAAAAUGCCCGAGUUGCGACCAGACAUAGGGGACAUUGUCAAGAUAUUGACAGGAGAAAUGCAGCUUCUUUCACUUCCAUAUCAGUUCUCUCCAUCUCCACCAUCCAAAUUGUACAGCAGCUCAAGGAGAAAACAGAAGAGUUAUGCAGAGUAGGUUCUGUAAUUAGCAUUCAUGUUGCAAAUAAACUGUAUCUUGCUCAUUAUUUAUUGGGUUAGGGGAUGAAAUUGUGCUUAAAUGUUGCAUAUAAACUGAUCAGAUGUCCUAUGUUUUGGAAUUUAAAUUACUCAAGUCCCGUUUUUAUUUC